AUGAGCAUUUUGCUAUUUAAGCGGAAGAUGUAUGAGUCAAAGUUUAUCAAGAAAAUAGUUAAGGUGAUCGGAGACAAACUACGUCGCACACCCUUAAGUGUUGACCCCAACAUAAUUGGAAUGAAUUAUCGAGCAGAAAAUAUCAAUUUAUGGUUACAACAUGGAUCAACCGACCCUGACAUACUCGUAAUUUAUGGGAUAAGUGGAAUAGGGAAGACAACCAUCGCAAAGUUUGUUUAUAAUUCAAACUAUACAAGAUUUGAAGGAAGCAGCUUCAUUGAAAACAUCAAAGAAAUUUCACGGCAACCGAAUGGCUUGGUGCAAAUACAAUCACAACUUCUUUCUGAAAUUUUGAUUGGGAGAAAAGUGAAAAUACACUCUGUUAGUAAAGGAAUAACUGCGAUUGAAGAUGCCCUAUGGUCUAGAAGAGUUCUUAUUGUUCUUGAUGAUGUGGAUCAUAUGGACCAAUUAGAAGCAGUACUUGGGCUCGAAUAUCGAUUUUGUCCAGGAAGUAAAAUCAUCAUAACAACCAAGCGUGCAAAAUUGUUAAAAGCUCAUCAAGUUACUAUGGUGCAUGCAAUUGAAACUUUGGAUCCCAAAGAAUCAUUGGAGCUCUUAAGUUGGCACGCUUUUGGCCAGGACCAUCCGCUUGAAGAUUACAUAGAAUAUUCCGAAAAGCUAGUGGACCAUUGCGGAGGACUUCCGUUAGCUCUUAAAGUUUUAGGUUCUUCUUUAUUGGGGGAAAUGAUAGAUGUAUGGAAAAGUGCAUUAAACAAGUUAGAAGAUAUUCCAAAUGGUGAAAUCAUAAGUAAACUAAGAGUAAGCUACGACUCUUUACAAGAUGACGAUGACCGAAAACUUUUCCUCCACAUUGCUUGUUUCUUGAUCGGAAAGGACAAAGAUUACAUUGUCAAAAUACUAGAUGGAUGUGAUUUGUACACAAUUGUUGGCAUUCAGAAUCUCAUCGAUAGAUGUUUAGUGACAAUUGAUAAAUUUGACAAAGUACAGAUGCAUGACUUGAUUCGUGGAAUGGGAAGAGAGAUUGUUCGUUUAGAAUCAAAGGACCCUUGGAAGGGUAGUAGAGUAUGGCGUCAUAUGGAUUCCUUCAAAAUCCUUGUAGAAAACAACGUAAGAAACAUGUGCUAUAUGUAA